GCGCUCUCGAUCCAAGCCCGGCAGCGACUAAUAAUAGAAUCAAACAACCGUGACGUGCCUUCUUCCCCACUCCAACCCAAUCGAGGGCUCCUUCGUCUCCAUUCCCCUGCCUGCUCCUCUCCUUCCUGGACCUUAAAUCCCCGAAAGGUUUUUUAAAAUAAAAGCAACAUGGAGGAGGGAACAGGACUCUUAUUUCUCAUUAUGUUGAGUGCUGCUUGGGCUUGUGAUUCAAGAGAAUUGGCUAAUCGUGAUCUUUGGAGAAAUAACACAGCAAAAUCUGACUAUUCUGAACUAAACAAGAAACAAGAUGUCUGUGCACUUUGUGAGGAAUAUUCUGCCAAGGCCCUUGAUUUCCUGACUAAAAACAAGACACAGGAUGAGAUCAUUGAUAUCCUUUACCACAUAUGUCACAAGCUGCACUCUUUGGAGCAGCAGUGCUUGAGUUGGGUGGACCAUUAUGCUCCCCAUUUUUUCUUAGAACUAGCUUCAAUUCAACCUAGAGAACUUUGUAAGAAGGUCAGUCUAUGUCAUCAAAUUGCAAAGAUUUCGUCACAAGUCCAAGAAGAUAGCUGUGGGUUUUGCAGAGAUGCUGUUUCAGAAUUAUUGGUCAAGUUGAAAGAUCCUGACACUGAGCUUGAUAUAAUCGAGACGUUAUUGAGGGUGUGCAAUUCCAUGGAGAAGUAUGCACAUAAGUGCAAGAGGCUGGUUUUCGAGUAUGGACCUAUGAUGCUUGUCAAAGCAGAGAAGAUCCUGGAAAGAACUGAUAUAUGCACUGCAUUACAUGCUUGCAAAGCUUUCACAGUUGAUACCGAAGCCGCAGACAUGAAAGAAAUUCCCUUGCUUUCCGACUCUUAAUUAUGAAAGUAAAAGAAGUUUCCUUGAAAGGAAAUAGAUACUACCAUCACUCUGUAAAGUUACAAGCAGUAUCAGAAUUACGCUUUACUCCUGUGGCAGCUGUAUCUAUGUCGGAAGUUAAACCGCUUGUACCCACUUCAUGUGCUUCUUGUACAAUAUCUUCUAGUACUUGUUGAAGUAUCGACCUAAUAUAAUAAUACAAGUAUUUCGUCA